AUGGCACUGCCUUCGCGGUUCGCUGCCUACGUCUCGUUCCUAAUCCUCCUCCUCCUCCUCCUCCGCCUCUUCACGACGCCCAGCACCUCCGCAGCGCUGAGGCACCUUCAGUCUCUGCCGCCGCCGCCCUCGCCGCCUUUGCCGCCACCGCCGCCACCGCCAACGGCCGUCGAAAUCACGUGCUCCCGAUACGCCGGCCCGCUGCGCUGGCGUCAACACCCCGGCGGCCGCGGUGCGCCGACCAAGCCGCUUCGAGCGCUGCCGCUGCUGCAGCCGGGCGUGCUUGACGGCAGCCCGCCGGCCCGACGACCGAGGCUCCGCCCCUUCUCGCCGGCGUCGCUCCGGCUGCUACCUGGAGGCCCCUUCGCAGACGCCGCGCACACCAACGCCGAGUUUAUCAUGUCGCUGCCGGUGGACCGCCUCCUCUGGCUCGCGGGCGCGGCGCUCGCCGCGGCGGGCGGCGGCGCCGGAGGCGCUGGCAGCGAGCUCGGCGAGCGGCUGGCCGAGGCGUCGCGCGCGGCCAUCGCGGUGCUGCGCGCUUGCGCAGAGGCGCACGGCGCGGCGGGCCGGCGCGGCUACCUCGCCGCCUUUCCGGAGCUCGAGUUCGAGAAGAGCGAAGGGCUCGGCUGCGCGUCCGGCGGCCGGUGCAACAUCUGGGUGCCGCACUACGCGACACAAAAGGUGCUCACCGGCCUGCUCACACAGCACGAGGCGCUCGGCACGGCGGGCGCGCUGCCCCUCGCCCUCGGCAUGGCGGAGUACGUCUUCGCGCGCGCCGUCGCCUCGCGCGCCGCGCACGGCGAGGCGCACUGGGCCGAGGGCCUCAACUACGAGGUUGGCGCGCUGUCGGAGCUGUACGCGGCGCUCGCCCGCGCGACGCGAAACGCCUCCUGGCUGACGGCCGCCGCUCUAUUUGACCGACGCUGCUUCACCGGACCGCUCGCGCUGGCGGCGACUCUGCACGGGACGGGCGGCGGCGGCGGCGGCGGCGGCGGCGGCGAGGCGGUCGUGCCCGCGCUCGACGAGCCUCAGAGCGAGGCCGAGGCUGCGGUUGCCGACAGCGCCUUCGAAGGGAUGCACGCGAACGCGCAGCUGGCCUACGUGCUCGGCGCCGCCGAGCUGUACCUCGCAACAGGCGAGGUGCGCGCCCGCGACGCCGCCGUCGGCUUCUGGCGUCAGCUGCAGCGCGCGUACGCCUACCUCACGGGCGGCUCGAGCUUCCAGGAGGAGUGGCGCUCGCCGGGCGGGGCGAGCGAGAGCAUGGUGGAGAGCAGUCUCCGGCUGCGCGGGCCGCGGAACUGGCAGGCGCACGACCACGCGGAGAGCUGCGUCACGCACAACGCGAUGCUCCUCUCCACAAAGAUGAUGCGCUGGCACGCGGCGGCGUCGCGCGGCGUGCCAGUCGCCGCCACGGCGCUGCGCUCCCUCGCGGCGCUUUGCGACUGGUACGAGACGGCGCUCCACAACGGCGUGCUCGGCACGCAGCGAGGCUCGCAGCCCGGAGCGGUCCUCUACAUGAUGCCGCUCGGUGGGGGCGUCUCCAAGCGAGGCGGCGCCAAGGGCUGGUCCAACACGGAGCACCACUUCUGGUGCUGCAUGGGCUCCGCGGCGGAGGCGUUUGGCCGGCUGCACCACGCCGUCUGGUGGGCGUCCCCUCCUCCUCCGCCGCCGCCGCCCGCCGCCGCCGCCGCCGCCACGGUGUCGCUGUACUUGCUGCAGCUCGUGCCCUCGGCGGUGGCGUGGGAGGAGGCGGGGGUGGAGCUGCGGCUGCAGGCAGACGUGCCCGGCGAGCUGCCCGCCGCCUCGCCGGCCCAGCCGCUCGUCGCAACCGUGUCGGUGCAGCGGCUCGGCGAGAGGAGAGGUGACGCCGCGAGCCGCGUCGAGCUCCACGUGCGCAUCCCUGGCUGGGCGCAGGCUGCAGAGGCGGCGGUCGCGAGCGUCGGCGGCGCGGCAGCGCCUCUGCCGCCGCCCGCGGCGGGCAGUUUCCUUCGCGUCGCCCUCGGCCUCGGCGACUCGCUCUCGCUGCGGCUGCGGCCGCGACUCGCGCAGCGGCCGGUGCGGCCAGGCUCGCCGCUGCGCGGGCUCUUCCACGGCCCCGUCUUGCUCGCCGCCCUCACCGACGGCGACCGGAGGCUCUACGUCGGAGCCGGGCCUCCCUCGGCGUGGGCGGUGCCGGUGCCUCCCGCCGCGCGCGAGAGCCUCGUCUCCUUGCGGCCCGCCUGCGCUUGCCGGCACGCCAAGGCUGGCCAGGAGGGCCGCGCCCGCGGCGACACGCCUCGGCUCGUCGUCUCGCACGCAGCCGACCGCGGCGGCAAGGCCGAGACCGCCGAGCUUGCGCGAGAGCCGCCGCCGCUUCCGACGCGGCGCGGGCGGCGCGGCGGCUCCGACGCUGCGAACGCGGCCAGCUGGCGACUCGGCGCGUCGCCCGCCGGGCCUCUGGCUGCGCGCACGUACAGCGCGCGCGAGCCCACCGUCCUCGAGCCGUUUGGGCGGCCGGGCGUGCUGCUCAGCAGCCGCAUCCCAGCGCCGCAGGGGACCGCGGUGGUCGAGCUCCUCCCCGCUGCCGAGGCGCUCGGCGGCGCAAGCGGCGGGCCGCUCCAGCGUUGGUGGCUGCGGCCGGUGGCGUCGGUCGACUGCCCGUGCGGCGCCGACCCGCCCGCACCCUCAGGGGAGGAGGCGCGGGUCGACGGGCUCGCCGCAGGCAGUUUUGCGCUCGAGUCGGCCGACAGCCCCGGCUUCUGGGUGGUUAUCGGGCCGCUUCCCCCUCCCCCUCCGCCCCCGCCGCCCGGCUCAAAGCAGAGCGCCCCGGAACCGCGCGGCCCGCCGCUGCUCCUCCGGCAGUUGCGAGGCAGCUCGGCGGCGGCGGUCCCGCCCGAGGCCGCCGUGCUGCGUGUCUCGAGGUCGAUGGCCACGUACCCUCCGCUCUCGUAUUGGGCGCAGUCCAACGUGAGCGCUUGCUCCUCUCCCGGUCGGAGCCGACGCGCGACCGCGUGCGGCGACGCGCGGCGAACGUACCUGAUGGUGCCGCUAAACGGCGUGCUUGACGAGCACUACUCGCCCUUUCUUUGCACGCUCAGCCCAGGCGCGGCGGUGCCGGGCUGGUGCUCGUGA